CUAAUCGACCUAUAUAUAUCUCUUCUCCAUGCAUGAUCAGAUAAUUCCAAGAUGAAUACAAAACGCUCUGCAACGAACAACUUGCGCCAAACGAGAUAUUCUUCUAUCGAAAGUACAAGAUCGGCGAGCAUAUAUGAAAUUGCCACCUGUAACUUAUCAAAAGAGGAAAGCUGUCGGAAGGUCCUUUUGAAGGAUCGUUCAGUACAGUAGCGAGGAUCCUCGAGUAAAACAAAUGUUGAGAAGCGUUGUAAACGAACAGUCACGAAGACAAUAGGAGGGGUGACCGACGUCCACGCUCCUCCUCAUCCUCCCGAUGGCAUCAGCCGCGAUCGUGCAAGCGAAGCUCCGGACCGAACGUUAUAUAAUUGUGGCAGAUUACUUCCAGCGUUGGUCACAUGCAUGCUGCCACACUGUGUGCUUACAAACGUUCUCCCGCAGUGGACAUUCGACCACCGAACGACGUAAACGUCGCAGCCACGAGGAUGGAACAGCAUCGAGGAAGAAACACUGGGAUCACGUGGAAACGUCUCAAAGAUCUCCUACUAGAUCUUCAUUUAAAUUCAGAUCGUGUGUUUUAUCGUAUUGGUUUGAGUAUUGGAAAAAGACCCUGGCUGUGGCUGUUGGUGUGCUUCUGCAUAAAUUGUAUCUGCGCACCCGGAUUGUACUUCUGGAGAGAAGAAUUCGACGACAUCGAGCUCUUCGUGCCCGAAGACUCUGUAAUACGUAGCGACGCCGCCUGGGUGAAGACACACUUCCGGGACGAUUUCCGAUACGAAAGUAUCAUCGUCACGGCCCCCAACGUUUUGGAGCCGGAAGUGCUGCGCUCGAUUAGCAAGAUAGAGCAGACAGUAAAAUCAGUUAUAGUGAACAAUAACACCUGGGAAGAUGUGUGUGCAGGGUACUUCACGUGGUUCAACAUGGACAACACGACAGACAUCUUCAACGAUCUCGAUGUCACUACAGAUAUCCUGGUCGAAUUGAACAACACGGUGCUAAAAAAUGGAUGUAUAUAUCAAUCCAUCAUACAACUUUGGGAAACCAGUAUAAAGAAGGACGUUCGUAAUUUGACGAAGAAGGAGGUGCUUGAGGACGUGACCAAAGCAAUCAAGAACAAGAUCAACGACAAUAUCCUGCUGGAUAUUACACCUCUGCUUUCGGGGAUAUUCUAUGACAAGAAAGGUCGAGUUAAAGGUGCCAAUGCAACUAUUCUAAAUUGGUUGCUGAAGAAAUCUAAUCCAAAUUCAGCCAACUGGGAACUAGAGUUCAUAAACCGCGUUCUCCAUUCGAAUAUCACGUUUCCUCCAGGAAUGGAGGUAUAUGCGAUAGCUUCGCGAAGUUAUUUAGACUCUCUGCAUCAAAUAUUGAACAGUAAUCUCACGGUGUUAUGCUGUGGAAUAUCUUUGAUAGCAGUCUACGUAAUGGCGAUGAUCGGUAAAUGCAACGCGCUAGAACAACGAAUUUAUCUUUCAAUAAUGGGGGUGUUCGUGGUUGGUCAGGCGAUUUUGUCCUCCUACGGAGUGUGUUACUACUUGGGUUACUCCUAUGGACCUAUACAUUCUAUCCUUCCGUUUCUACUUCUUGGUAUAGGCGUCGAUAACAUGUUCGUGAUCAUGCAAAGCCUGGAGAAUCUCUCAGAGACUGAUCAGUCUACGGAUAUUCCGAUACGCAUUGCUAAAACUAUGCAACAGGCUGGUAUGUCGAUCACUGUGACAUCCUUCACGAACAUUAUCGCGUUUGCCUUUGGCAUUACAACCGUGAUGCCUACUCUCAGAUCUUUCUACGCAUUCGCCACAUUAGGGAUUUUAUUUUUAUACAUAUAUGAAAUUAUAUUCUUCGUGAGCUGUCUUGUAUACGAUGAAAAGAGGCUCGAAGCUCGCAAGGACGGUUGCUUGUGCCGACCCAGACUAAACUGGAAACCCAACGAAUGUAGUCAGAGAAACACUCAACAGAUUAUCUUCGAAAACUAUAUCGGCCCGGGAAUCACCAAGAUCACGGCAAAAAUAAUUAUCCUAUUAAUCACUGUCGGCUUCCUGUGCGUUAACACGUGGGCAGUAUUUCAAUUGGAGCAAAAUUUCGACCCACUUUGGUAUUUAAAUCAAGACUCCUAUCCGAUUCAGUUUAACAACAAAUUGAAACAGUAUUUUCCAAAAUAUGGAAAACGAGCCGCAAUUUAUAUGACCGGCGUAGAUUACUACGAAGACCGUGAAUCUCUUUCUCAGCUGGUAAAAAUCCUAAAACGUAAUCGGUUCAUUAACAAUAGCACCCUUGAGCCAUGGUUUAUUGCCUAUGAGAAAUGGCUGAAUGUUACUGGUAAAGGUGAUAUUGAGAGCAAAGAAGAAUAUUAUAAUAUUUUGACGGAAUAUUUACUUUUGACGAAAGAAGGUCAAGCAUACAUAAAAGAUAUCAAUUUCGAUAAAUUACCGGCUGGAGAAUAUAAUAUAACGACGUCGCAAAUUCCUAUACAACAUAUUAUGAUUAACACAACAUCGGAACAAAUACAAGCGAUGCAACUUAUCAGGGAAUCGAUUCAAGCGACGAAUUUCUCUCAUGGCCAGGAUUAUAUAGCAAUAUUUUCGCCUGAUUACGUUUCAUGGACAGCAAACAAAGUCAUAGGAGAAGAAUUGAUCAGGAAUUUAGGUCUAGAAAUAGUGACCAUUGGCGUAGUAAUAUUGAUGUUCCUUAGAAACUUACGAGCAUCAUUUUGGGUGAUUUGUUGCGUAUUCUUUACACUUGUUGACUUACUGGGUACCAUGUACUUUCUAAAUUUGACCAUAGAAAUGUCCUCGAGUAUCAUGAUUCUAUUAUGUGCUGGGCUGGCGGUUGACUAUGCUGCACAUAUGGGAUUAGAAUUUAUACGCGCAAAGGGUAGCAAAAAAGAACGUGCGAUAGCGACGCUUUCUAUUGUUGGUCCAGCUGUAUUUAAUGGAGGUUUAAGUACGUUCCUAGCAUUCGUUUUGCUAGGUUCUAGCGAAGCUUACAUAUUCAAUACCUUCUUUAAGUUAUUCACGUGUGUAGUGAUAUUUGGUCUGUUUCACGGUCUGUUAUUUUUACCAGUAAUCUUAAGCAUAGUCGGACCUGAAGAAAGAGUAAGAAAGGAAAGAAAAGAAACUGUAGUAAGAGAACACAAUGGAUAUUGUAAUGUUCCUUUAUCUCAAAGUGAGAAAGAAGCAGGGACUGGAACUGCCAAAUAAAAUUUGACAAUGUCUCAAAGACUGCUUAGAUAAGUAUUUGAUUAGAAGAUUCUAGAAUAUAAAUUGCAAUUACAAGCAAUGCACAUGUACUGUAAAACAGUAGUUUGUAUAUUCUUUGUUAAUCUGUCCUUUUAUAAGAAAAAAAGAGAAAGAAAAUAAAAAUGUACCCUUUAAAAUAAUAAA